AUGAAGCCCCCCAAAGCAUGUCGACAGUGCCGGGAGAGCAAACGGAAAUGCCUCCGUCGUACCCUCGCAGUAGGCGAACCCUGCGAUACUUGCCGAGCUAGAAGCCUACCGUGUGCAAGUUCUCUCUCACGCGUUCCUCCAUCGCCGCUGCCACUGCUCCCAAGACCUGAAACGACCUCGUCGUUGUCAAACACCUCCACGACUACUUCGUCGAGGACCGAAGGCAUAGACUUGCCACUUCACACGGCCAAACUUCUCGUCGACUUCUACCUAGAUAAGCUACACAGUCGACCGCAUAGCCUGUUCCACCCAGCAAAACUUCGGCAGGAGGUUCACGAUGGGUCUAUUAGCAGGAUUCUCCUCUUGGCUAUAUGCAGCAUGGGCUCACGGUUUGCCCUCGAUGAUGAGACCCGGGCCCUAGAGGUUGGGUUGAUGGAGGAAUCUAAACGGCUGCUGCUGGCGAAUUUGGAAAAUGUAUGCGUCGAAAACAUUCAGACGUGUGUCCUCAUGGCGAACCUCUGCGCAGCCCAUUUGAACCCUUCCUCAGAAGCUUUGUUCUUCCGCACUGGCAUCAGCCUCUCUCACAUCAUGCAGCUCGGCACCUCCACUGUCGGAACACGGCUGGUCGAUCUUGAGAUUCACAGGAGGAUAUGGUGGUCGCUUUUCAUGGCCGACCGAUGGUCGUCUUCCAGUCUCGGCCUGUUGCCACAGAUUCGCGAUACAGAGCUUGCUGUUGACCUGCCCAUGGACGAGGCCAUAUUCGAGUCCCUAGAUCCAAAAGCAACGCAAUUAGAGAAGCCAUGGCAUCCGGGAAUAUGGGCGUUCAAGAUCUAUCUGGUACAGCUAUUUGGUCCAAUACAACAGCUCAAUCGCCACAGCGUCAACGGCAGUAUGUCUGCGGGGAGCAUUGAGAGCAGCAUCCUCUCUCUGUCUCGACAGCUGGAAACUUGGGAAACGUCCCUGCCCGAAAACAUCAAAUGGAAAGAGGAAAUGCUAGACUGGCAUAUUGGCAGAGGGACUGGAGGCCCAUACGUGGCCCUUCAUCUUGGGUAUCAUCACUACUCCGUCUUGCUUCACUUCCGGUUCCUCAGCUCUCAAGAACCAAGGUCGCCUGCGGCUAGCUUGUAUCAUAGUAGGUGCAAGUCCCACGCCUCAGCGUACAGCAACCUUGUCAAACUCGCCCGUCGUAAGCAGAGAUGUGAAGUCGUCUAUCCUACGGUCGGACAUAUGGCUGUAGUCUCGUCAUCGGUGCUCCUCCAUACUCUCUUAUUCGGCGAGGAGGCAGAUCUCAAGAGUGCGAGAGAUGCCCUGAACGCAAACUUCGCAGCCAUUGUCGAACUGCGACAGUAUUGGCCAAACACAGCGCCAAUGAUCGAACGUCUUGCCACAUUUCAGAACUUUUGCCUACUGUCUGGUGACUCCAGAACACAUGAUUUCGAUGAAUGGAUGGUACGCUUUCUGACUGAAUACUCACUACCUCUGGAAGAAAAAGACAUCCAACACGUGAGAUCGGGUAUGGACUACGAUAUUGAUAGUUUUUCGGCUCGAACUGAGGCCCUCACGCAGCAAGGAAGGUAUACCUCGUUUCAGACAGACAACUCUGACGCCUAUAGUCUACAGCUUCAUGAGUUCGACUACCUACUUUAG